AUGUUACCUGAGGCCGAUGUUGGAUUGUCAAUGAUCGCCGUGUCCCCGGAGACAAGCGGCGAUGGACCACAGAUCGAUAGCUGCAUUCCAUACCGACCUGCCCGGGUUACCACGUGUGAAACUUGUGUAUUGUGGUGGGACUUCAAAUCUAAGGAAUCACAUGAAGAAGCAUCCUGUGUGCAGUCCGCCAUCAACUCCGUACGUGACUGCCUUCCACUCAGCGUCGUCGACGGCCAGGGGUUCCGUGAUAUGAUGGCCUUGGCGGCACCGUCUUAUACAGUACCUACCCGGCCGACAGUUCGUGCGAGGGUUGAGAAGAGGUACGCAGACGAACGCUCCAACAUCAUCUCCCGGCUCGAGAAGGCGACGUCUGUCUCCCUCACGACAGACACGUGGACGUCCAACUCUACCGAGAGUUUUAUCACCGUGACAGCCCACUACCUUGACGCCGAAUGGAUCCUCCAUUCGGACGUCUUGAUGACCAGAGCAAUGCCAGAGCGUCACACAGCCGAGAACAUCGCGUCCCGCCUACUAGAAUGCGUAAGGGAGUUCGGUCUCACGGGCAAGGUGGAAUGCUGCGUCCAUGACAACGCCCGCAACAUACAGAAGGCCGGCACACUCUGUCCAGAUUGGGGAGACCACUCCUGCUUCGCCCACACUCUCCAGCUCUGCAUCAAGCCAGUCCUCGAACUUCCUUCUGUCUCCAAGGUCCUGAGCAAGUGUCGAAAGCUGGUAGGGCAUUUCAAGCACUCAACGACAGUCACCGCUGAGCUACACCGUCGCCAGGAGCGGAUGCGGAAGGAGGGCGAGAAGCAACCGACACUGGCCCUCAUCCAGGACGUCCCCACGAGGUGGAAUUCCACGCAGCUGAUGUGUAGCCGCCUCGACAAGCUACGCCGGGUGGUCACUGACAUCAUGCUUGACGAUGACGUCACGAAGGAGGCCGACUGCGAUCUCCUUCUGAGAGACGGCGAGUGGGGCAUCGUUGCCGACAUAUCCACAGUCCUUGGGCCGUUCACCCACGUGACCACCUUCAUGAGUAAGGACAAGGACGUAUCCAUCGGGGAGAUGUUUCCCAUCGUGUAUAGUUUGGUUGGGAAAGUGUUGCAGCCCUGCAACAAUGAAACAGCACUGGUCGCCUCGAUGAAGACCACUCUCCGGGAUGAGAUGACGGAGAGGUUCCAGCCAGGCCGAGAUGAAACUGUCGAGUCCCUCCCGAUGCUCGCCUCACUUCUGGACUCUCGAUAUAAGAAGUUAAGCUUCCUGCCCAGGCAGCUACGACGAAGGACACACACCAUGCUGGAGGGCCGCCUUGACGAUGUCCCGUUCAAGGUCAGCUCGCGCGAUGACGGUGACUGUGCCACACCUGCUAAGCGACCACGGCUUGAGUUCAUGGUCACAGCCCCGGAGUCAUCGGUGGAGGACGAUCUUCAGCUGUACCUUGCCGGGAAGAUGGAUGAUGCAACACCAGCCCUCGAGUGGUGGCGGCGCAACGAGAACCGUUUUCCGAAGGUCGCGCAAGUGGCCCGUAGCGUCCUCGCGGUUCCCGCUACAUCUGUGCCAUCGGAGCGCGUAUUUUCGUCCGCCGGGCUUGUUCUGAACAAGUUGCGCAACAGACUUAACAGUGACAUUGUUGGUGCCAUCUUGUUCCUAAACAAGAACAUGCGUUCUGUGAAGUGUGACACUGAGUGA